CAACAACAACAACACAAGCAAAAAUGAAUUUAACUAACAAACAAAUUGCACAAGAAUCGAACCCAAGGCGGCAGCGGCUUGGACAUUGUUAUGAGCGGCGUCGGUGUUGGCGUCGGCGUCGGCGUUGGCGUUCCUUUGCCGCCUGGCCUUAAUAGCAACAACAACAGCAGCAACAUCAACAACAACAACAGCAGCAGCAACAGCAACAGCGGCGGCGGCGAUAAGACCUCCGUCAACGUGCCUGGCGGCAGCGACGAUCUGAACACUUUGGAAGCGGAAAUAUCGGAGCUGCAGCGUGAAAAUGCGCGCGUCGAAUCGCAAAUGAUGCGACUCAAGUCGGACAUCAACGCAAUGGAGUCGCAGCUGAGCACCAGCGAUCGGCAAACUAACAUUCUCAGCAACAGUAACAGCAAUCUGAACAACUACUACGAAAGCUUGCGCAACAAUGUCAUCACACUGCUGGAGCAUGUGCGUCUGCCCCCGCCGCCGCCACCGCCAUCGUCGUCAUAUCCGCACGAGCAUUUCGACUCGUACAUCUCGAAGCUGCAGUCGCUCUGCGUGCCGCCCGACGUCUACGCUCUGCCCGAUGACGGCGGACGACCCGUCUACAACUCGGUCAAGCCGAACAUGCACCAGGACUACGGCAAGCUGAUGCCCACGCCCAUCUAAGGCGCUCCAGGGUUGCGUGCGUGUGUACAUAAUACCAUAAACAAGG